UUGGUUUCUCGUUGUUGAGCAAUUGUUAACCUUUACAGGACUUGUGACAUCUAGUGGUGAAGCUCAACACUACAACAAAACACAAAAACUAUUAAAAUAUUUUAGCUGAUUGUUUUAACUCUAAUUCCAAGAUAUUUUGUUCACAGCAUUCCUCAUAUACUUUGCAUUUCAAUUUAAUUGAUUAAGGUAAUAAAUGAAUAAACAUAUCAGUAUUUUGAAAUGGAUUAUAGCUGGUGUAUUUUCUGUGAUAUUUUACUACCUUGUAUUUGAAAUUUGACAAAUUGAGCACUUUGUGUUCAAAGUCAGAAAAUAAUGACAGUGAGUCGGAUAUGUAUUGCUGAAAGGUCUCAUUCAAUAUCAUCUCAUGGUUCUAAAAUAAUAUUUAAUUAUUUUUGGUUUCUUGUUUUCAUUGCGCAGAACAAGUCGUCAGUAGUAUGAUGUAAACGUCUGCGUCAUCACGUAACCUCUUUAAAAAGCUCACCACGCUGCAUUAUUUAAACGCUGUGUUUAUCCUUUUUAGUUUGUCGUCGAAAUUAUCGUCAUAAGUAGCGUCAUAACCUCAUUGCAUUUAUUUUUCCAAAAAAAAUGGUAUUUAUUUUUUUUAAAUGGUGCGACAAUGAGGAGGGCGGGGCUGAGGUGCCAGGAGGAGGAAACCACAUGAUAACCGUGUUAGCACUAAAGUAAAGGCUGUGACAUGACAGGUCUUUCCUGAACUAUCGUUUCUUCUGUCUUUAUUUUGACUUUGGACGAAAUGAAAUGACAGCAAAGAACGCCUGUUAGCAGGGAAACACGUCUCCGGUGUCCUUGUGCUGCAUACAGGACUGGCCCUUCAUAAGAAUUAUUUUAUUCAGAUGGGUCAGGCGUUGUGGAGGCUGCCUCCCAGACAACAGCAGCAGCUUCAGGAAGAGCUGGUCGACCGACUAGCUGACAGGCGAGGCAGAGUCAUAGGAGGACAUGACCAAGAUGAAGGUCCCCAGAGGAGAGGUCCUCAGCACUGUUAUGGCCCAGACAUCUAUCAUCUGCUGAGAACACGCCGAGGAGGUAAUGGCCAGCGUGGUUUUAUAGAUCUAGAGAGGCUCCCACCUGAAUUAGGCAUCACCAUCCUGUCGUACUUGAAUGCCACUGAUCUGUGCCUGGCUGGCUGUGUGUGGCAGGACCUGGGAAACGACGAGUAUCUGUGGCAAGGACUGUGUAAGUCCACAUGGGGGCACUGUUCACUUUACAACAGAAGAUUACCUGCUGGUUUCUCAUACAGAAGAUUGUAUCUACAGCUGGAUGAAGGCAGCCUCACAUUUAAUGCCAACCCACAGGAGGGUAUUGGUUAUUUCAUGUCUAAAGGUAUACUGGUUGAUCAUCCGACUGAACUGGCCAAGUUCAUCUUCUACACUAGACGCCUCAACUGGAAGAUGCUGAGGAUUUACCUGGACGAAAGGCGAGAUGUCCUGGACGAGUUAGUGACCCUCCACAACUUCAGUAACCAGUUCCUUCCUAACGCUCUGCGGGAUUUCUUCAGACACAUCCAUGCGCCAGAGGAGAGAGGAGAGUAUCUGGAAACCCUCAUCACCAAGUUCAGCCACCGGUUCUGUACCUGUAAUCCAGGUCUGGUCAGAGAUCUGGGCCUCAGUCCUGAUGCUGUUUACGUGCUGUGCUACAGCUUGAUCCUGCUGUCCAUCGACCUGACCAGCCCUCACGUCAAGAACAAAAUGUCUAAGAGGGAGUUCAUCAGGAACACGCGCCGGGCGGCUCACAACGUCUCGGACGACUUUGUCGGCCACCUCUAUGACAACAUAUACCUGAUCGGUCACGUGGCCGCGUAGCUGCUGUCUGGUUCUGCUGCACCACUAAAAACCCUUGCACUGCACUAGCAUACAGGAAGUAGCCAGUUUCCUGGAAAUGGGAUCUAACAGACUAUAACAGUAAUUCUUACUUCAAGAACACCAAAAACAAAACGAAAAAAAAAAACCAACAACACAUAACCACCCGUUCUACUGACUGACUGUGCUACCAAAUAUUUGUAUAGUUUGUAGAGUUGAAUUAUAUACCAGUGUCUGUUAGAGCCAAGAAGGAGAAGGUGUCAUGAAGACGAGGUCUGAAGCUGCACUGACACAAACAGGGACGACCGACGAUGAAGAAUAAGCUGCAGGACGAAGAGGAGAACUUUCCUCCGUCAGUGGAAGUCCCUGUGAGAAAGAAGCUGUUUCUCGUUCACCCCGUAGGAGUUGAAGACUCUCCUACGUUUCUUGAAGGAAGUGACAUGGAACAUGACACUCGCUAAUAAGCAUUUACAAGCUCAACUACUGACAAGGAGCCACACCUUAGCCAACUUUGAUACAAAGUCCCGUGGCAGAAGCCAGAAUGUCCAAGUAUCAAGAUUCAGCCAGAAGACAAACAUUUUUCUUUUCUUUUUGUUUGUUUCCAUUUACGUUGUCUUUGUCUUUGUCUUUGCUCGUGCGUUUUGAGGUUUUCCAAGUCAGGUAUACUCUUGAAGGUUCAGCGUGAAGCACUGGGUCAAAUCUUAAGUUGUAACAAAUGCAGGUCUCCUCCACUUGUCCCUCCUGUUCCUAAACACGUCAAGAAUCCGCGGUGGCCUUCGUGAACCAGGAGCAUUUUAUCUAUUUUCAUUUGCGCUGUAAAAAAAUUUGUAGUAUUUUUUUUUUAUUUUUACGUUUUUGUUUUUGUUUUUAUUUUUAUUUCAGCUGCUUUAAAAAAAAAAAAGUGACGGUGCAAAAAUCAAAGUCUGUAAAGCAAGUCUUUCAAGGCAGAUACAAAGUAGCCCUUGAUAUAAAUUCCUUCCUCCUAACACUGGGCUCCGUGGCUCAUAAAAUAGUGUUUCUUAUCGUUGUGCUGAUAUUUUAUUACAUCUGAAAGUACGCGCUCUUUUUUCGUGCGACAUUCUCAGCGAUCAAGUGAGAUGGGUUCGUUUUGAAGCUCGAGCUAAAGGAAAAAGCGGCGUGCAGUUUAAUUAAGGAAGCAGAUAGCAGUAAAACUCUGCUCUAACAGAGUCACUUGCUGCAACAGUGCUCUUAAAAUGUUUAAGUCUAUUAAAAAUUCCUCCGUUUUUGCCUCGCUGAAGAAAUAAGUAACGCUCGUUAACUCGCCCGGUUUGUUCCACACUCACUUUCUGGAAAAACGAAAGAUUGACAUGACACUAGAAUCGCGUAGUUUCCCUCUAACGUUCUUGUUCUCACUACACAAAAUGUGACCAAAAAAAAAAAAAAAGAAGAAGAAGAACCUGUUUAAGAGAAACUCUUACAGUCGCACAAAUGAAGGAGGAAUAAUUCACUGCAAACCAAGAAGGAAAGCAAACGAUGACUAAUAUAAAAGGCUAAUGGGAGAUGCAAACAUUUACAAUAGUUGUUUUAGUUGUUGUAUUUUGUCGUAUUUAAUUUUGAGAUUAUAUUUAAACUGCUAAUUAUUGAAUGUGACAUCAUAAGGUGUCUUUUUUUUUUUCUGUGAAGAAACAAAACAAAAAAAAAAAAGGACAAAAGUCACUGUGGAAUCUUACUACUCUUGUACCUGGGAGAUGUUUCUAAGAUGAAUGAAUUCUCACACAUAUGGAAUAAAUCCUAACUGUUCAUGGGUUUGAACAUUCA